UGUUUGCCUGCGCUGUUAUCAGUUGACAGCGUUGCCAACUGUAUGCAAAUACUGGCAGCAACGCACAUUUGGCAACUCGUAUACAUAUGUAUUUCGCACAACAGAAGCGAACGGCAACAAAUAAACACACGCGAUCAGAAGCAGAGUGCAUAAAAAUAUAGAAAAGCUAUGUGUUAAAUGGGCGAGCUUAGUUUAAAUACUAACUAAUUUGCGGAUUGUGAAAGAAAAAUGAGCAAGCUGAACGAAGCAGCAGCUGAAACAACAACCACAAAAUGUUGCAGUGACAAUGAGACUGCGGCAACGUCUUCAACAACCUUGCCGCAGACAGCGGAGAACUCACACCCGCAUACACACUCGCGGUCGUCGUCGGCGGCGCCAAAGGAGAAUAUGGAACGCGGAUUAAGCACAAAGUUGGCUCUAUCGCGUCUCCAUGAGGACAUUGAAAAGGUGCUGCUACAGCAUGAGAAGGAACAUGACGCGGAGAGGUGCUAUUGUAAAUUGCGUGCUGCAUUCAUGAACCAAUAUGACAGCCCAUUGGGUUGGCUCUCCAUCGGAACGACUCUGGUGACCAGUGGAUCACUCUUGAUCACUGGCAUGUGUUGGCCUGCCAUUUGCUUGCUGGCUAUUCUUCUGCUCGAUCUGGGUGUGGUGAUUCGGGAAAGUAAUCUGCGACGCACGGAGAUCUAUCGCAAGACGCGACAUGCCUUGUGUGAACUUCGCCUGGCGGAGCAGCAUCUUAGCGACAACUGGCAUGUAUCCAAUUAUCCGCAUCUGAGCAAUCCCAUGUCGCCGUGCGUCUCCCUGCAGUGGACUUAUCGCGAUGGUCACAUUGUCAACCUGCCCUGGGCGCUGCUUGUUCGCGGUGAUUGCAUUGUGCUGCGUCCUGGUCACAUGUCACCUGGUCCUUGCAAUGAACUGCAGUCGAGGCGACACUUUAGUACCGGUGAAAUCUAUGGAGCUUCCGCGACGCAACUUGGUGAUCCGCCAGUCAAGCCAACGGCACGUGCUCCGAUCCCGAACCUCGUCUGUUGCUUAGAGAGCACGCCGUAUCUGGAUAGCUUGCGUUUGUGCCUGAAAAACUCGCUAAAUCGCCCGCCUACAAUUUACAAUCAGCAACGUUAUUUGCUGGUCACGAAGUACAUACAACAAUGGGGCUUCAUUACUGCUUUGAUUAUCACGCUUUUUGCGGGUCUGCUGCGCUGGCAUGGUUAUGGAUUGGCUUCGGAUGAGAAGCACAAUUGGCGACAUGUAUUGAUUGCUUCUCCCGCGGCUGCAGUUAUUCCGCUGCUGCCACUCGUGUUUCCACUCUUGUGGAUAUCCAUGAAUCUGUGGGGCGUUGCGCGACUACAGUGCUUCCUAAAGACGCCACAGGCCAUACUUGAAAAGACAACGAGUAAAUCGUUUGAGGACCUGGAUCUGGAUUCACCCGCCUACGACUACGAUAGCAUCUCAUUGUUACGGUCCAAUGUGCUGCGCAUUUGGACGCAACUUUGGAAGGGCGACAGCGAGCUGUUGCCCCGCUCAGCUAAUCUCGUGCAGGUUCUAGGCUCCAUAUCCGCGCUGUGUUGUGUGGACAAGAAGGGCAUACUGUCCUGGCCUAAUCCAACCGCCGAGAAGGUGUUCUUUUUGCACAACACUGAGGAGGAACCGCAGGACGAUGGCAGUGAGCUAUCAAUGUCAACGGAAAGCGACAAUGUGGAAGAGGAGAACAAGGAGCGUGGCAUUGUAGCAGAGGUUCUAGAUCUAACACACGAUCAACACUGCCCAUUUCGCCUGGAAUUUGACGAUCACGAGUGGAAAGCACACAUCAAAUCCUUGAAACCGUUGGGUCUGGCCAUUUUACUAAACACCUGUUCGCCGCUUACACAUGAGCAUUACGCUCAGUUUUGUGGGCAUGUCAGCGCCGUGGCAAUGCUUGACAAAGAUCUGGUGCCCGUGACAAAUCGGUAUGCGAUGUUUGAAUCCAGUAUGAAAAGCCUAUUGCAUGGACGCUGUCUGUGCGAGUUGGCCAAACAGAUUGGCUUCACCAACCAUGCCACCGAUCGCUUUUCCUUGGAGGGACAGCUGGCUAGCUAUAGGCAUCUGCAACCGGAUGUGGUGCGUCGGGACAUCCGCUUUGCGCGACAGUUGCAGCUGUCGACCAAGGUGAAAGUUCCGUUUCCGCAUUCGUUAUCCGUCGUAAUGCGUGAGAAUCCCGGAGGUUACUUGUCGCUGUUCACUCAGGGCACAGCAGACAUCAUACUGGAUUGCUGUGAUGACUUCUGGGAUGGCAAAGAUUUGCGUCCACUGUCGCCGCAGGAUCGCAAGCGUGCACUGGAUUUUUAUCAGCGUAGUGCGUUGACUUCAUACUGCACAGCAUUCGCAUAUCGACCACUGCGUCAUGGCAUCCAUGGAGCAUUAAGUGGACCACUGCAUAGUAAUGGACAGAUUGCAUACUUGGAGCUGCCGCCAGAGUCUAAGUUGCGCAUGCAGCAUGUAGAUAAGUCACACUGUGACUUUGAGGGCGGACAUCAUGUGAAGUUGAGUCACAGCAUCAGCACGGACUCCUUGCUGUUCUCGGAGAGCAAGGACGAGGACUGCAAUGAUGUAGAGGGCUGCUUUGAGAUGCAAUGUCAUCAGGUCUUUAUAGGCAUGGUGACGAUGCAGUAUCAGGCACAAAAUGACAUUGUCCAUCUGGUGGAGCGUUUGGAACGUGCCUGCAUUCGUUUUGUUCACUUCAGCAAGGAGAACGAGCUCCGUUCCCGUGUCUUCUCUGAGAAGAUGGGACUCGAAUCUGGCUGGAAUUGCCACAUCUCGUUGCUCAGCGAACCGGAGCCGGAGAAGGAACGUGAACGCGAGAAGGUCACCACUAGCAAGGAACCGGAGAGUGCGGCGGGCAACUGCAAGUCGCCUAAAAAUACGGGUAAAAUAAAUGAGAAAAAUAUAACCACAACCACAAUUACCACCAGAACCAUCACAGAUACUGUUGCCAUUCAUCCAUCAAGUGCCGAAUUCAUCUGCGAUGCAGUUGAUACUGUCACGACAGCCACGCCUACUGAUAAACCCAAUGAUCUUGUAGGUGAUCCAGAGGAUGGUCCCAAAUUAAGCUAUCUCCUAGCUCCGCCAAACAAUUUGGAGUCGUCGAAAACAUUGAGCUGCUCAGCUCCUGGUGCCAUCUCCAAUCCCGAUGAAUUUAAUCCACCCACUGCUGGAGACUCCAAUGAAGAAGACGAAUUGGAUGGCAGCAAGGACAGCGAUGAGAAUGUGGCGUUAACUCUCGAAUCAGAACCAGAUCCGGAGCGUCAUAAGCAGCGACAUUCGCUGGACUCGGCAAUGGAUGAGAAUUGUCGUUCGCUGAGCACUCUCACCGAGAGCACAGAUCAGAGUGCGCCCAUCAACUUUGACAUGUCGAAUCGAGCAAAGCUGCCGCGUGGAAUUGAGAAGAUACGACCGCAUCUGGAGCAGGUGGACAAUGUGCCGCUGCAGGUGUCGUUAUUCACGGAUUGCUCCGCGGAGGCGACGCGUCAGAUGCUCGACAUAAUGCAGUCGUAUGGAGAAAUUGUCGUAUGCUUGGGCAGCUCGGCAAGCAAUGACAAUGCGAAUAUCUUUUUGCAGGCCGACUGCAGCAUUGCGGUGGAGCCUCUCUAUCCGCAGGUCUGUCAGGAUGUGGAUGCCUACACGGAGGCCAACAUCAUACACAACAAACUGAACUGGCAGCGUCAGAGCAAGGACAAGACGACGACAGCGGAUGAAUCGUUUGUCAGCGAGCAGUUGCUCGAGUGUGGUGCCAGCGGAAGUGGUGCUCGUGCCAUGCAAUCUCCCGCACACACAGUCUCACCGAUUUAUCUGAGCCGGCUGCUUAACUCACUGCCUUGCUCUAUAGCUAUCUGUCGCGACGACCCACUUUCGCUGGUGGCCAUAAUUGAGCUGUCACGCCGAUUUUCGCUGGGCCUAUGGAACUGUAUACAAUUCUGGGCCUGCUGUGCGGGCUCAAUCUCCAUAUUGAACGUGUUGUGCGCGUGCCUCUCACUGCCGCCUCUCAUCACACCCCUGCUGGCCAUCUAUUUGAUGUGUAUACCCGUGCCGUUAAUUGGCAUCUCUCUGGCUCACAUCGAUCUCGAUCCAAAGAUCAUGAGUCGUGCCACCAGCAAGAAGCAAACCGAAUACGAUUCGCGUGCCUUUGCCUUUGUCAUGUGGUGCUAUGGCUGCAAGUUCCUCGUACCCGUAAUUGCCAUUCUCAUUGCCUAUUGGAUGCUCAUGACGCAACCAAUUUCCGCUGCGGAAUCUAAUGUCAUUACGGACCUCAAAAGUGCAAAUUAUACGGAUUUCUAUCAGUGUCUGCAUAUAGUUCGCUGUUGUGCUUUGUUUGCGGUGGUGCUGCACUUUGCGCUUGUCUCCAUUACGUUUGUGCAUCGUGAUCAUGCGCUCUGGCAGCGCAAUCCUUUCAGAAAUCACAUCUGGGCAUUCACUUGCAUUGGUCUGCUGCUGCUCCAUGGUUUCAUCUGUAGCCUUCAAAUGCUGAUGGAUGAAUCUCUGCAGGAGUAUCUUUCAAAACUCUGGCUACCCAUUUUAGUGUUAUUUGCCAGCAGUUUAAUAAGCCUCUUUGUAAGUGAGCUGGCCAAGUUUCAGGAGAACAAAGUCAAUGCGCGUUACCAACGUCGAGCGCGUCUGGAUUUUGGCACAAAGCUGGGCAUGAAUUCGCCAUUUUAAAGGCAAAUGAAAGACGCCAGCGUUAUGUGCCAAGGCUGUAUAUAUUACUAUAUAUUAUAUAUAUGUAUAUAUAUAGUAUGUUCCAUAACAAUUUCACGCUUUUUUAUUACACUUACAAAUACUACGAAAAGGCAAAAAGAUAAUAAUUUUAAUACAACUAUUUUUUAUUUUUGUGUUUUGUGAAUAUUUAAUUAAUUUUAAUAUUGUAUUACACUUGCAACAAAAUCAUUAAUUUGAAACAUCAUCCAAAACAAGAUAAA